AUCUCAUUUUCAUGUUAGAAAAAACUUUUUGUAUUACCCUACUGUAUUGUAAGGUUGGCACCGUUAGACUUUUUUCGCUCAGAACGCAUUUUGGCCUUUUGGCAUGUUCGACAGAAGAGGAAUACACCAUUUUAGAGGGUCCAGCUUUUCAAAAACCACCUUCCAAGUUUGUAUAUAGAGAUUUUCCAGAUAUUCGGAAGCUUCAGUCGUGGCAGCCGAACGAUGAAGUGGACACUUUUUGGAAGGAAUUCCGAGAUGAACAGUUAGAAUUUCGUGGUAAGUCAAGUGAGUCAGACGAAAAACCCCGCUUUAUUGAGCCAGCAAGCCUCUUAAGAGAUUAUGAAGACAGCGAAGCCUCUGCAGUAUUUGACUGGGUUAAUGGGGAGUGGAAGGCAACUGGUUGUCUUCGAUACUCGGAGCCACCUAGUUUCGAAGCAUAUUUAGAAGACGCUAGAAACCUAAAGAAUGUGUUAGAAGAGAAGAUUUCCCAAGGAAGUUCGGAAGAAGAUACUCUUGAAAAGUUGGAAGCUCUUCGUGGUUUUGUUUCCUUUGCAACAAGAGAAGAAAGACUGUGUUUUCCUCCUGGUUACUGGAGACUGAUUUUUCUUGGUACAUCCUCAGCACUUCCGACACUUCAACGAAAUGUAUCGUCUGUGGCACUUAGAAUUCGCUGUCCUUUUAACGUAGGAAAAGGAAACGAGUCCGACGUGAAAAAUUCUCAUGAAACACCUUGUAUACCGGAAGCUUUGUUUUUGGUUGAUUGUGGCGAAAUGACGUUGACAAGACUUAUUGAGGCGAAAUGGCACUCGAUAUAUGGGUUUAGAAACUUGAAAGGAAUAUUCAUCACGCAUCUACACGGUGAUCAUGUGUGGGGUCUCCCUGUUUUAAUGGAAAAGAUCGGUUUUUAUACGCAACAUCAGCAACGAUAUAUGCGUCGCAUAAAGAGAAGUGCAACUUUGCAUAUUUUUGGUCCCCAAGGACUUCGCCUGUUUCUACGCACUGCUCUUCAAAAUACUUUUCUAGGUUUUUGGUUUUGUGUUCAUGAGUUAAUUCCAAGCGAUAAAGAUUUUGAUCAUGUGGAGCCGUGGUAUGUUCCUGAAUGUUUAUUAGAAGAGAACCAAACAUCAGCAACUUAUUUACCUUUCUUGGAUAAGUUGCCUGGAAAGCAUUGUGAAGAAAUAGUAGGGGAAGAUGUCAAAAUGGAUACAGAAGAGAAAUGUUGGAAACUCUAUGUCGAUGAAUUAUUUCAAGUACAGGUUUUAGCACGUCCUAUAAAGCAUCGAGUACCUUGCUGGGGUUAUUUCUUUAAGGAAUUGACACAGUACUCAUCCGAUUGCCAUAAAACUGCGAGGAAACACUUUACUGUGUCAUAUGGUAUCAAUGACUGGGAUAUAUCUUCUAUAGAAGACAAAAUAGAUACGAAAUAUGCUUAUUGUCUUGGAGUUCGUGGAAAACAGUUUAACAUGUUGAGAAACUGCAAAGCCGUUAAGGUUAAAAGUCGUCGAGAUCCGAUAGAAUUCUCAGAGGUUGAAGCUUCCAUGGAAAACUUUGCAAAUAGAGCAGUCUUUAAUGAAUUUCCAGUUUUUCGACCCAAAUCUGUUGCAGGGAUGUGUGGAAAUCGCAUUCCUCGGAGUAUUUUGAUUCUUGGUGACACUAGUGAUCCCUCGAAUUUUCUUAAUCUUGCCAAAGAAUGUGAUGUGCUUGUUCAUGAAGCUACUUUCUCAGAAGCUCUGAAGGAUAAGGCUGUUGAGUCUUUUCAUUCUACAGCAAAAAUGGCAGGGCAAUUUGCAACAUCUCUUGAAGCGAGAACACUGGUGUUAACUCACUUCAGCAGUCGAUAUGAAACCAACUUCUACAGGUCUGAUGGUAUAGGAAUGAAUGAAGACCUAUUGAAAUCUGGUCCAAAUUUUCGAGAUGAUAAUGAUGACGAUACAAAUUCGGUUGUAGCUUUAUCCGCUGAGGCUAGUAGCGCUUAUUCCAAAGGUCGUAUCUAUUUGGCACGAGAUUAUUCAACCUAUGAUCUUGCUCCACAUUCGAACAAACGCAAGAGUGAUCUGCGCUGUUGUUUGACCAGAAAUAUGGAUAAGAAACAUUCGAAAUGCAAGAGUUACAAGAAUCCUGUCGAGCUCUGGUUACAAAAACCAAUGUCUCGUGCACAGUGGAAAAGAUUGAAGCGAAACGUUCUGCACUUUUCCAAAGAGUCGUUUGAGUUGUUAUUCAAUGCCCAACAAGAGAGUGCGACAUCACCAGUCAAUACUGAAUAAUCAUCGUAUCUUAGAGUAAUCGUAAACUAAGUAACUUUAAUGAUAAUUUCAGCCAUAUUUCUUCUUAGCUGUUUCGGUCCAUGU